GCGCGCGGCGCCCGGGCACGCGCAGGGCCGCUGUCUGUCCUAAUGCGGCGGCUGGCGGCGAGAGGCGCUGCAGGGGCCGCGGGCCGAGCGGCGGAACGGCAGGCGGGCGGCACGGACAGCGCCCGGCGCCGGGGCCCGAGCCCCCGCAGGCUGAUCGACUUAUGUGCAGCUUGGGGCACUGGAAUCUUCCUUCCCACGGCAGGCUGGCAGGGAACCUGGUCUGGGGUUGCCGGGAAGAGGCUGAAUGAGGUAGAGACGCUGACCUCUGUCAGGAAGGCCGAGGAGCUGGAGCGGCUGGAGGUGGCCAGACCCCGUGGGCCAGGGAGCAGGGAGCCGGAGCAGGCGCCCAGGAUGGCCUGGCAGCCCCCGCCACCCUGGCUCUGCGCCGCCGGCCUCCUCUGCCUCCUCAGCCUGGGCGCGGCCAUCGAGAUUCCCAUGGACCCAAGCAUUCAGAACGAGCUGUCGCAGCCCCCCACCAUCACCAAGCAGUCUGUGAAGGACCACAUCGUGGACCCCCGAGACAACAUCCUGAUCGAGUGUGAAGCCAAAGGGAACCCUGCCCCCAGCUUCCACUGGACCCGCAACAGCAGGUUCUUCAACAUCGCCAAGGACCCCCGCGUGUCGAUGAGGAGGCGGUCGGGGACCCUGGUGAUCGACUUCCGCAGUGGUGGGCGGCCCGAGGAGUACGAGGGCGAGUAUCAGUGCUUCGCCCGCAACAAGUUCGGCACAGCCCUGUCCAACCGGAUUCGCCUGCAGGUGUCCAAAUCUCCUCUGUGGCCUAAGGAGAACCUCGACCCUGUGGUGGUCCAAGAGGGCGCGCCCUUGACUCUACAGUGCAACCCCCCGCCUGGACUGCCCUCCCCAGUCAUCUUCUGGAUGAGCAGCUCCAUGGAACCAAUCACCCAGGACAAGCGUGUCUCUCAGGGCCAUAACGGAGACCUGUACUUCUCCAACGUGCUACUGCAGGACAUGCAGACCGACUACAGCUGCAACGCCCGCUUCCACUUCACCCACACCAUCCAGCAGAAGAACCCCUUCACCCUCAAGGUCCUCACCAACAACCCCUAUAAUGACUCGUCCUUAAGAAACCACCCUGACAUUUACAGUGCCCGAGGAGUCGCAGAAAGAACACCCAGCUUCAUGUAUCCCCAGGGCACCUCGAGCAGCCAGAUGGUACUGCGUGGCACGGACCUCCUGCUGGAGUGCAUCGCCUCCGGGGUCCCAACGCCAGACAUCGCCUGGUACAAGAAAGGGGGGGACCUCCCAUCUGACAAGGCCAAGUUUGAGAACUUUAACAAGGCGCUGCGCAUCACCAACGUCUCCGAGGAGGAUUCUGGGGAGUAUUUCUGCCUGGCCUCCAACAAGAUGGGCAGCAUCCGGCACACGAUCUCGGUGAGAGUAAAGGCUGCUCCCUACUGGCUAGACGAGCCCAAGAACCUGAUCCUGGCUCCUGGGGAAGACGGCAGGCUGGUGUGUCGAGCCAACGGGAACCCCAAGCCCACCGUGCAGUGGAUGGUGAAUGGGGAGCCUUUACAAUCGGCACCCCCGAACCCAAACCGCGAGGUGGCUGGGGACACCAUCAUCUUCCGGGACACCCAGAUCAGCAGCAGGGCCGUGUACCAAUGUAAUACGUCCAACGAGCACGGCUACCUGCUGGCCAAUGCCUUCGUCAGCGUGUUGGAUGUGCCCCCUCGGAUGCUGUCCCCCCGGAACCAGCUCAUCCGGGUGAUCCUUUACAACCGGACUCGGCUGGACUGUCCGUUCUUUGGGUCCCCCAUCCCCACGCUCCGCUGGUUUAAGAAUGGGCAGGGAAGCAACCUGGACGGCGGCAACUACCACGUCUACGAGAACGGCAGCCUGGAGAUCAAGAUGAUCCGCAAGGAGGACCAGGGCAUCUACACCUGCGUGGCCACCAACAUCCUGGGCAAAGCCGAGAACCAGGUCCGCCUGGAGGUCAAAGACCCCACGAGGAUCUUUCGGAUGCCGGAGGACCAGACAGUCACUCGGGGGAGCACGGUGCAGCUGGAGUGCCGGGUGAAGCACGACCCUUCCCUUCGGCUCUCUGUGUCCUGGAUGAAGGACGACGAGCCGCUCUACAUUGGAAACAGGAUGAAGAAGGAAGAUGACUCCCUGACCAUCUUCGGAGUGGCUGAGCGGGACCAGGGCAGCUACACCUGUGUGGCCAGCACUGAGCUGGACCAAGACCUGGCCAAGGCCUACCUCACUGUGCUAGCUGAUCAGGCUACUCCAAUUAACCGUUUGGCCGCCCUGCCCAAAGGACGACCAGACCGACCGCGGGACCUGGAACUCACCGACCUGGCCGAGAGGAGCGUGCGGCUGACCUGGAUCCCGGGGGACGACAACAAUAGCCCCAUCACAGACUAUGUCGUCCAGUUUGAAGAAGACCAGUUCCAGCCGGGGGUCUGGCAUGACCAUUCCAAGGUCCCGGGCACUGUCAACUCAGCCGUCCUCCAGCUGUCUCCCUACGUUAACUACCAGUUCCGAGUCAUCGCUGUCAACGAGGUCGGGAGCAGCCACCCAAGCCUCCCGUCGGAGCGCUACCGGACCAGCGGGGCAGCCCCGGAGUCCAACCCCACCGAUGUGAAGGGAGAGGGGACUCGGAAGAACAACAUGGAGAUCACCUGGACGCCCAUGAACGCCACGUCCGCCUUCGGCCCCAAUUUGCGCUACAUUGUUAAGUGGCGACGGAGAGAGACUCGUGAGACCUGGCACAAUGUCACCGUGUGGGGCUCCCGCUAUGUGGUGGGGCAGACCCCAGUCUACGUGCCGUAUGAGAUCCGAGUUCAGGCCGAAAAUGACUUUGGGAAGGGUCCUGAGCCAGACACGGUCAUCGGCUACUCAGGAGAAGAUUAUCCCAGGGCUGCUCCCACUGAUGUUAAAAUCCGGGUCCUCAACAGCACAGCCAUCAGCCUGCAGUGGAACCGCGUCUACUCCGACACGGUCCAGGGCCAGCUCAGGGAGUACCGAGCCUACUACUGGAGGGAGAGCAGCUUGCUGAAGAACCUGUGGGUGUCUCAGAAGAGACAGCAAGCCAGCUUCCCCGGUGACCGCCCCCGCGGCACGGUGUCCCGCCUCUUCCCCUACAGCAACUACAAGCUGGAGAUGGUUGUGGUCAAUGGCCGAGGCGAUGGGCCUCGCAGUGAGACCAAGGAGUUCACCACCCCCGAAGGAGUACCCAGUGCCCCCAGGCGUUUCCGAGUCCGGCAGCCCAACCCGGAGACCAUCCACCUGGAGUGGGACCAUCCGGAGCACCCCAAUGGCAUCGUGAUCGGAUACACUCUGAAAUACGUGCCCUUUAACGGGACCAAAGUGGGGAAGCAGGUGGUGGAGACCUUCUCUCCCAACCAGACCAAGUUCACAGUGCAGAGGGCAGACCCCGUGUCCCGCUACCGCUUUUCGCUCAGUGCCAGGACGCAGGUGGGCUCCGGGGAGGCUGCCACUGAGGAGUCCCCAGCCUCCCCGAACGAAGCUACUCCAACCGCAGCUCCUCCCACCUUACCCCCGACUACCCCUGGUGCCACGGGCACCCUGAGCAGUACUGACGCUACUGCCACUGCCACCACUGCCGCCACCACCACUGAGGCCACCACAGUCCCCGUCGUCCCAACCGUCGCACCUACCAUCGCCGCCACCACCGCCGCCGCUACCACCACCACCACCACCACCACCACCACCACGGAGACGCCUCCCUCCACCACCAGGACUGAGAUACACGAACCUGCCCCCGACGAACAGUCCAUAUGGAACGUCACGGUGCUCCCCAACAGUAAAUGGGCCAACAUCACGUGGAAGCACAAUUUCGGGCCCGGAACUGACUUUGUGGUUGAGUACAUUGACAGCAACCAUACGAAAAAAACUGUCGCUGUUAAGGCGCAGGCCCAGCCUAUACAGCUAACAGACCUCUUUCCCGGGAUGACGUACACGUUGCGAGUUUAUCCCCGGGACAACGAGGGCAUCAGCAGUACCAUCAUCACCUUUAUGACCAGUACAGCUUACACCAACAACCAGACCGACAUCGCCACCCAGGGCUGGUUCAUCGGGCUCAUGUGCGCCAUUGCACUUCUGGUCCUGAUCCUGCUCAUCGUCUGCUUUAUCAAGAGGAGUCGAGGGGGCAAGUAUCCAGUGCGAGAAAAGAAGGAUGUUCCCCUGGGCCCUGAAGACGCCAAAGAAGAGGACGGCUCCUUCGACUACAGUGAUGAGGACAACAAGCCCCUGCAGGGCAGCCAGACGUCCCUGGAUGGCACCAUCAAGCAGCAGGAGAGUGACGACAGCCUGGUGGAUUAUGGCGAGGGUGGCGAGGGCCAGUUCAACGAGGAUGGCUCCUUCAUCGGCCAGUACACGGUGAAGAAGGACAAGGAGGAGACAGAGGGCAAUGAGAGCUCGGAGGCCACGUCCCCUGUCAACGCCAUCUACUCUCUGGCCUGACGGAGCCACCCGGCACAGCCACUGCUCUGCAAACAGGGCAGGGGAGAGGGGAGACGAAGCCGCCACAGACCUGCUGCCAAACCACUCCAGG